AUGGAAAGUAUGACCAAAGCAACUGAAGAAAAGGAUAUCCAAAAAAUUAGUCUAGAGAAGUCUGUUCUGUCCAAAACCAAGAAACAAGAUAUUGCCAGAGGCCAGAGCAUCUUCUAUAAAUUUUCUCCCGAAUGAAAAAUUGAACCAUUAGAUUCAGACUCUGGAGAAGCUCCAAAAAAUAGUGCACUUAUGAUUGGUUCCAAUGAUCUAGGAUAUAUAGAGUUUGCCCAAAGUUUCAAGAAUAUUAAGUUCUUUGAUACAGACUAUGUUAGUUUUGAUUAUGUCGACUCUAAAGCCAGGCAUUAUAAAAAUUUCUUAGAAUCCUCUUUCCCAGAUAAAACUAAUGGGUUCGGUUUUUUUUCAGAUUAUAAAAUUGAUCUGAAGAGAUCCAAUUACCUAAACUCCCUGCUCAGAGUUAGUUCUAAAGUCCUCCAAAAAACCCUAUUUGCAUUUUACUGCAUCAGCCUCCCUUCCCUGAAGAGGCUGGUGGCAGCUUACAAACACGUUGGAGAGUUCACAUUGUGGUCUUGCUCCUUAUCAAUCCCAAGUGUCCCUGAUUUCUCAAAAGCUCUUUCAAACUGCCAGAUCCAGAAACUAGAUUUAAAUUGAUCGGGAUGAUUUGAUUGUAGUGACUGGGAGAACAACUUCAACGAGUUCAAGAACUUGGUCCAAGGAUUAGCAAGUUCUCCAGAUUUAAGGUUGAGUCUCAAAGAGGUAAAUAUUGUAUACUGCGAAGUAAAUCAGGCUGAAGUUGAGCAAACUUUCAAAGAAAACCAACUUGGAGGAGUUAAAAUAAUUGAUGAGUAUUAAAUUUUGGUUAAA